AUCGCUGGUCUGCUGCAUUCCAAUGAUAUUGUACCUGACCGCUUCGAAGUUGAAAUAGGGAAUUUAGUUGAAGAACACCUCUGCCGGCUGGCGGGAUAAGUCUUUUUGAGUUUUGAAAACACGUGGAUGCCGCGGUUUGGCCCUUUGGUGCGAGAGUGCAGUGUGUGUAGUUUUGGUUCCCGAUAUUUACAGUGACUUAAAAUUUCUUUUGGAUUCCUUGAUGAAUUAGUUAUGCGCAAAGCCCUUCAGUAUCUUUUGGAAAAUCAAUUCAACACAUGGUAUGUUAAUUGUAACCAUUUCUUGAAGUUAAAUAAUUAGGUGAGAGCGGGACUCCUCCUUGAAGAGAUGAGCGUGUCAUGCGCGCCGGUCUGUGCACGGUGAGCGCCCCCUUGGCCGCGUGCAGCCCGGCAGCAGCGCUCCCGCCGUCGGCUCGUUUUUUGGCUCUCCACGUGCUGCACCAACAGACUCUCUACUUCAUCGUGCAGGCCAAGUCCAGGGUAAAGGAACUCUACCAGCAGACAUGCCGACACUUCGCCCUUCAGGGUAUGCUCGAUACCGAUUUGUUUGGACUAGCGCUCAUUUGUGAUGGAGAAUACCUCUUCGCAGAACCAGAUAGCAAACUUUCCAAAUAUGCUCCAAAAAGUUGGCGCUCCUCUCACAGCCACGGCCUCGACGCCAACGGGCGUCCAGCCUUGGCGUUCUACUUUCGAGUCCAAUUCUACGUCGACAGCCCCCUUCUGCUGCGCGACGAAACCACGAGACACCACUACUACCUUCAACUGCGCCUCAACGCUGCAUCAGGAGCAGCCGGCGAUCAUGCCACCCAUUUGGCUGGACUCUCUCUCCAGGCUGAUAUGGGCGACUUCGCUGAAAGCACGACGUUUCGACCCGAAGACUACGUACCUCCGAAUAUGCGGGGUCCAGCGGCUCUGCGGAUCAUCGAGGCGGCUCACAGGACCCACCGGGGCUUGUCCAAGAACGAGGCUAGGGCGAGGUUCAUAGCAGAUGCUUGUCAGUUGCAGGAACCUGUUAAUGCUCAUGUAUUUAGGUUAAGGGCUUCCAAAACGGAACCAGCUCCAGGCUCACUGCUGCUAGCAGUGUGCCCGCGAGGCUUAAAAGUAUGUCCCGAAAACAAUCCUCCAUCCAUAUUCCUCUGGAGUAGUAUAGGAAAACUAAGCUUCGAACGGAAGAAAUUCGAGAUUCGCACCGGUCAUGAAAAGCUAACGUUAUACACCAGCGGCGAUGAGAAGAGCCGUUUACUUCUGUCGCUCUGCAAAGCUGCACACCAAUUUAGCAUGGCUGUGGCUCCGCGCCUUAGCGAAGCGAGACGCGAGGAAGAAGAAAGGCAACGGUGGGAUUGCGACCAGCGCGUAUCGGUCAUCAGCUCCACAUCGUCCAAUACAACGUCCGGUAUUGUAAGUGAUCGAGUUCAUUCGGAAGACGAACUUGAAAUUAUGAUCACCAGUCCGCCGGCACCAUCGACAGAGAGUUUGGCUCUAGCACACCUGCUGGACAGUGCGCCUGCUAGCAGCCGAACAUCUGCGGCGUCAGCUACUGCUGCUUUAGCUACACUAACUCUCAAGGAAGAAGAAGAGGAAGUGAAGCCGACAUUAAGCGAAAGCUCAACGAAAACCGCUAGCGGCAAAUGUGCUGGAUCACAAUGCAGUUCUUCAUGCAGUACUGUCGUCGUUACGCCUGUUCAAACAAAAACUAAAGGACGAAGAUCUUCCACCACAAGCAGCUUAGAACUCGGAUAUUCUCAUACUGCUCAAAAUUCGGCCGUCAGUGAUGCAACUUGUAUAGAAUUGGAUGCAACUGAAGCCGUUUAUACCUCUGGACCAGCACCUAGCAGUCAUACGAGUGGAGUGUAUACUUUAACAUCUAGCGAACAAUAUACAUCCAGCGAUCAUUACACAGCACCUAGCGAGCAGUAUAGUACACCUAGCGAACAAUUUUCCACACCAGAAGAUCAUGUGGACGGCCAUUUUAGAGACAGAACAAACUCCAAUGUUAGUAAUUCUGGUUCUUUCCAUGGAGAUGGUAGUGAUCCUACCGAUACUAAACAAGCUUUACUUUCUGCUGAAGAACUGUCUGAUUUAAUAGUCGGGCGGUACCCAUCUUGUAAAAGCGUUAGCCAUACAUUGGAUUCAGAUUCAGAUUAUGUUACUUUACCUUCAUCCUACCAAGGAUACGCUCCAGUUCCGCCCAAAAGAAUUGACAGCGUUGAACAAAGAUUUAGGCCACCACCUCCGCCAUAUGGAGCUCAGUUACCUAAGCUACCGGUAACAGAAAAUUCUUGUCUGGAAUUUGACGACUGUGCUAGUGUGUCUGAGCGUAUGUUAAGAAGUCCUCCGCCAUAUCCUGAGAAUACAACACCAGUUCCACCACCAGUAUAUCCGUUUGAAGAAGCUGGUGCUAGGUUCAUUACCACUAGAUCACCAAGUGUCUUAACGGCUCAUGCGAGUGCUGUAAGUGUAAGCUCUUCUCCUAGUUAUUCAACUCCAAGUUCGGUGCCUCCAAUACCACCUAAAAUACCAAGAGCGCCUCCAACAAUGAAGAGUGCUGUGGUUUCGCCUAAUAAUUAUUUGGACGUGGCUGCGAGUAAAGCAAGUGUUUUGGUUCCUUGUACUUUUUUGCCACCACCUCCUCCGCCAGCUCCAAGGCAGCCUCCACCACCUCCUCCUACAGCUUUAACAACUGUAUAUACCAGUCAGUUAUCAAGAUCGCAAAUAGAACAGUACCAGCAACAGAUGUAUAGCGAUGUUGAUUUUGUAGUGUUUCCCCUAAAAGAACCCGCGAUCAGCAAGCAAGAAUACCUGGAAGCCAAGCAAGGUUCUUUGCUAGCAGCUUUGGCUCAACAGCCAAUAUUUUAUAGAAGUACACCAUAUUUGAGUCGGUACGCAUCGAGUCAGAACCUUUCAGAUACUUACGUUCAGUUACCUGUUUACGGUGCACCGAGUAUAUCUUCGACGGGAAGUUUGGAUCCCCCACCACCGCCUUUACCUCCAAAUCGACCUGGAAAGUUCAUCAGAACGAGAUCGGACGAUAAUAUUUUAAAUUCUCUAGACGUUAGGCAUCCACCGAAAUUCAGAAGAUUGCCCCCGCCUCCGCCACCUGCCAUUCCCGAAAAACCGCCGACCGUACUGGAAGUCCAGAAUGGUGCUCAGAUCGACGUAAGGAAAAGCGUGCACAAAUCAAUGAACGGGACAAGUCCGGACAAAGCGUCGGCUUUGGAUAUCCGCACUCUUAGAGAGAAGAGCAAGAAAAUGGACUUGCCGCUGAUAUCAGCGUUGUGCAAUGACAGAUCGCUUAUAAAGCAAACGAAAGCUUUCGUUAUACCGAAGCACCCGGGUGAAUUAAUUUCGCGGCAAUCGUUGACUUCGUCUGCUCGAUCAAAAUAUCCAGUUUCUGGGAUACACAGUUCUAAAACGAAGCAGCAAACGAGAAAAACGCCCUCUGUCCAUCAUAGGAAUCCCGGGGAUAAGUUGCCGGAGAUUCCUAGGGCUACCCCGAAUAAUUACGUCUUAACGGAUGUACGUGUCAAACACAAGACUAUGCAGUCUCAUUCGUGAGGAAGUGCUAAUAUUUAGGACAUUCCAGUGGUAGAUAGUUCAGUGAACAGAGACAUACAAGAAUUUCUAUACAAAUCUUACCUCCUUAGUUCUCAUUUUAGUUUUAUAACGUGUACAUAGAGAUUCUUGUUCAAAUCGAGAUUCACUUUUAGGGAUCUGCAACGCUUGGAACAUAUCAAGAGUGUUUUGAUUAAGGAUCUCUAUCGAUCGAGUAUGAUGCUGCCAAAACUGGUACUGUCUGUUUUUUGUGCGGGAAGAAACCCAUUGGCUGGGCUAAGAGUAGACUAGAAAUCAUUUUGUUUUACUCAGGGUGCCAUCAUUGCAAUAUUUUUAGGGGAGGACCCGAUGUUAUGGCUUAUUUACAUUAUUUUUAAGGCUAUUCCAUACGAAGUGGUCCAAUUUGGUCGCUCUACCAAUAAAAUGAAAUAUUCAUUACUGUCCUUUAUGUGGUUGAAAUAAUGAUUUUAUUUUUAUCUUUAUUAAUUUAUGGUUGGAAUUUUUGUACGUAGGUUUAGAUAUUUAUAAAAUAAAUUCUUUAUUUUUCCUAAAACCUUGUUUACAAAAAUAAUGUGAUGUGAAAAAAGCUUUGAGAGAUAUUACCGACUGAAUAUUUAAUGUAAAUGUAUGAUUGAAGAUAAAGGAACAGUAAAUCACAAAAAUAAUUGUUUUAUUGGUAAAGAUACCCGAAAAAAUUAUUUUUGGACCGCUUUGUAAGGGUUGAGCCGUUAUUUCACUUAGCCACAAUGUCGGGAACUUGACUGCCCCUGUUAUGUACAUAAAGUUUAGUAAAUAUUGUAUUUUGCACGAAAGUAUCAAUACUUAGCAAUAUUGUAUACACUUGCUCAAAUUUAUAUUAUUCUGAAUAAUGAUAUUUUAAUAUUGUUCAAUAUUUUUUGUUUAUUUAUUUUCCCGAUUCCAAAUUACAAAAAAAAGCUUCAAGUGUAUGGUGCUGCCAUCAUUUUUAAAAUAAAGUAAGAAACAUAAUUU